CUUCCUUCUUAAGCACACUUACUCUAUUCAAAACCCAAUAAAUUCGCCAGUUAUACGAUAAUCUGCGUAUAAAAUUAAAAUGUAAGAUUAUUUUAUUACUAUAUAUUAUUAUCUGAUUUAAUGUUAUUUAUAUACUCCUACUAGAUUAUUUGUAAUCUUUCUUCUCAAACACACUUUUUAUGAUAUUCAAAACCCAGUUAUAUUAGUAGUACUACAACAUUAUUAUUUGUACUUUUCAGAAUCUUCUUCAGUUUCCCGCUACUUCUCUCUAAAAAAAAAUACUUAAUAAACCCUACUUUACUGCAAAACGGUCAGUUACAACUUACAUUCAGUUCUUUUACUUCUCUCUCUACAUUUUUUUCUGUAUUUUUACUUUUGUUUACUUCGCGAUUUCCAAGUAAUUCGAGCGUUUUUUCAUCGCAUCUUGCUUAUCAUUGUAUGUUUUCCAGCUGUUUUUUUUUUUUUUGGUUAAAAAAUUAUUGUUGUUAAUUCAGGUGGUGAUUCUGUAUGUUGUGUAAUUUUGAUCGUGUUUGAUUGAUUGUUGACAGGAUGCUAGUGUAAAGUUUUGAUUUUUUUGUGUUGAGUUGUUCAAUUUUGUUUUAUUUUGGAUUUGUUUAUUCAGGUGAUGAUUCUGUAUGUUGUGUAAUUUUGAAUGCUAGUGUAAAAUUUUGAUAUUUGUGUUCAAUUUUGAUUUAUUUUUAUUAAAAAUUGGUAAAAAAAAAAGAAAGAAGAAGGGAGUUUUGGGUGUUUUUUUACAGGUGAUGCUUCUGUUUGUCGUGGUGAAGUUUUGAUUGUGUUCGAUUGCUGAUGAAAUUCUAGUGCAAAUUUUUGGACUUUGUGUUGAAUUUAGUUCGUUUUUUGGCUUAGAAGUUGAAGAAAACGGGUUCUUUUUGGGUGGUUUGUUCAGAUCAUGAUACAAGUUAAAGAGGAAGCUUUGACUCUGGAAUUUGGUGGAUUCACUUCUUGCUCAUCUUUUUCUGAUAGCAGUUAUGAGGCUAGCACUCCGAGAUGCUCCUCUGAGCCUGGUUCCAGUUGUCAAAGGAGCUCAGGUCAAACUAAACGUUCUUCUCAGGCAGGCUGGACAGCAGAAGAGGACAAUCUGUUGACUGAAGUGGUGAAAAGGUUCAAAGGAAGAAACUGGAAAGGAAUUGCUGAGUGCUUGAAUGGAAGGACUGAUGUGCAGUGCUUGCAUCGCUGGCAGAAGGUUCUGAAUCCUGAGCUUGUAAAGGGUCCUUGGACAAAGGAGGAGGACGACCAGAUUAUUGAGUUAGUUGAGAAAUUUGGCUGUAAGAAGUGGUCCAUUAUUGCCAAGUCUUUGCCUGGUCGCAUUGGCAAGCAAUGCCGGGAAAGGUGGCACAACCAUCUUGACCCAACAAUAAAAAGAGAUGCCUGGACUGAACUGGAAGAUUCGGUCCUAUGCCGCUAUCACCAAAUAUACGGGAACAAGUGGGCUGAAAUUGCAAGGUUUCUGCCUGGAAGGACUGAUAAUGCAGUUAAAAAUCAUUGGAAUUCUACAGUGAAGAAAAGAUUGGACUUGAAUUUACUAAGUAGGUCAGGGCCGGAUAUCCAAAGUGAGGGAUCUCCAGAUUUCUCAAGUCACAAGAAAAAACUAGAGAUCAAGAAGCAUUUAGCACAGGCUCAUAAUGCAGAAACACUUUCUUUGAGCAAGCAGACAGGAGUAGAUAAUGCUGCUGAUGCUUGCUCAACUAAUCUAAGAAUUGGGUGUGCUUGUUCUCCUCGAAAUGAUUUGCACAAGGGUACUUCUUUAUUUGGAGCCUGUAAAUCAUCAGAAAAGAAUGCAAGGGAUCUGAUAAAGCCACCUGGUGGAAUACAGUUUGGCAAGGCAGAAAUUCUUCCAAAUGGUGAGACCGACCAAUCCAAUUUAAAUCUUACUAAAAUAUCAGAUCCUCUCUUGACCUCUUUAGAUUUUCCUUUGGAUCCGUCACGCAAGACCAGAUGGAGUAGUUCUCAAGUUAAGGCUGUUCACCCUACUACUUUUGGGAGAAUGUAUGAAUCUCCCAAAAGUUCUAAGUACGGCACUGUUAGUGACACUGACCAUGAUUUUUUGACUUUGUCAUUGGCUGGAUUCACCGAGGUUCAUUCCCAAGGUAACAAGAAGAAUAAAGCAUAUGAUAUACAAUCUUCUUUGGCUCUCAAGCAGCUCGGCUUCACCGAGGUUCAUUCCAAAGGUAACAAGAAGAAUAAAGCAUAUGAUACCCAAUCUUCUUUGGUUCUCAAGCAGCCCGGCUUCACAAAGAUUCAUUCCCGGGGUUACAAGAAGAAUAAAGCAUACGAUACACAAUCUUCUUUGGCUCACAAGCAGCCCGGCUUCUUGAAUUAUGAACCACCAAAAGUAAAGGACUUGACGAUUCCAUUAACGGAUGAAAACCUUAGUAGAGACAACAUUAUCGGGCGACAAAAUAGCCAUCUACUUUGCUCUACACCUCUUAGUUUAACAGUCUCUGCUAAUAGUAGCAGUCCAGAAUCUGUUUUAAGGAAUUCUGCAAUGAGCUACACAAAAACUCCUUCAAUCAUAAGAAAGAAGACUUCGAGAUUUUCAGAAGCUUCUGGGCAUUAUAGUUGCACAGGCACCACCACACCCAUGCAUUUUCUCCGGAGUGUUCCCGACAGGGAAGACACCUCAAACCUGAAGGACAGGAUUUCUGGAUGUAAAAGAUCUGUUUCAGGAAAAUCUCUUGGAAGACGACUGGAAUAUGCCUUUGACAUGGAAUGGGAUUCUUCCAGAUGUUGCACGCCAGUUUCUGCAGCUUCACCUUGUGCUAUUGGAGCUAAUACAAUGUUGACACCAUAAAAACAGGCAUCAGCUUUAGACGACAGAUGAUCAGUCAAAUCAUACUAACUGAUAUCAGUCGGAGAAUUCUCAACGCAUGUCAAUGAUCGAGGUAACAAAAGACCAGUGAAGCAAUGACAUGCCGAUACACUUGAAGAAUUUGUUGGAGAUGGAAGCCUGUGAUUUUGGCAUUCACAUAAACCGCGUGAUUGCCUAAUAAGGAAAUAUCACAAAAGGUACACUACAAGAUGAGCUUGUUGAAGUAAUUCUUGUUUUAGGGGAGUUGGCACAAUUCUUGUGUGGAUAUGUACUCUGAAAAACUGUUUUCCCCUGCCCUGUUGUUUGUAAAUACGCUUUAAAAUCAAUUGCCUAUGGCAUUUUACAUUGUUGCGAAAAUGUGCUUUUGGUGCUGUCUUGUUCCACGUCAUUGUUUAAUACAUAAUUAUAUUUUCCUGACC